UGAGCUUGCGCAGUGGAGAGGUGAGAGGACUUGUCUCCGUUGCAGGACUGGGUGGCGCAUUGUAUGUAUGCUCAGAAUCAGAGAAUCGCAAAGCGAAGAAGCAGAGAAAAAGAGAAGUUUCAGGACUGCAGGUUAGGGGGUGCUGGUUCACUGUUCUAGCCUAGCUAGAGGCUUUUGUGAUGGGGGACCCCAAGGAGAAGAUCGCAGAAGGAAGCUGUGAUGAAAACAUGAUGAUCAAAAGUAGAGAACUGGAAGCGAAGAAGAGUUCAUCAACAGAUGCAAAGAGAGAGAGAGGUUCCUCUGAAAGAAGGCAGAAGAGUGAUACUUCAGAGAGAAACAAGAAACACAAGGUCAGAUCUGCAGAUGAAAAUAGUGAACUGAAAAAAGAGAAGGAGAAAUCAUCUACAAAUGCAGGAGGAAAACCACUUCAAGACAAUUUGAUUGCCUGUUCUGAGAAGCGCACGAAUUCAAAAGAAUUGGGCAACAAGAAAGUAAGCAAACUGGGCACCAUUGAGGAGUUGGGGAAAGGGACAGAGGAUGUAACCUUGGAACAAACCUUGUCACUGCCUGGACCUGCGGAUGGGAAGGAGAGUCCAGUAGAUGAGAAAUCAAGUUUGCUGGAUCUUAACAGUAACUCCUCAGCUGUCAUUGACCAGGAGGGUCUAGAUGGUAACUCCUCUGUCUCUGAAGGGAAAGACCAGCUCUUCAGCACCUCCUCUGAGCGCAGGGUAUACAGUGGAAAAGAUCUGAACUGUAACCUGAUUCUCAACGAGAGAGCAGAGGCGACGAAGCGUUCUCAUGACAGUGAAAGAUCAGAGCACAAGGCGAAGAAAGUCAAGACAGAAAAGGAGAAGUCCUCACUCAGCAGUAAAGACAAGCAUGACAAGCACAAAAGCAAGAGUAGUAAGGAUAGAGACAAGAGGAGAGAGAACGAACCCCCCGGAGAUGAGAACAGGGGAACCUCGCGGGGGCACAGAGUCCUGCCGGACAUCAGGCAGGAGGAAGAGCUGAAGAGCCAGGGUGAUCAGACUGGACUGCAGGGGAGCCCCAGGCAGGAAUGCGGGGACUCUGAAAGUUUUCAGGUAAGCUCUGUACUGAAUGACACCAAAGAACAUGCAGAGGAUAACAAGCCCCCUGAAACUGAUGGUCGGGACAGCAAGGAAGGUUUGAUUGAUAAGACUCCAGAUUCACUGGAUCUAAACAGCAACUCCUCAGCCUUCGACAGCAAAGAGGGGAUCCUCAGUAUCCCUUCGGUUCUCAAAGAAAAUGAGCUUGGCAGUAAUCCGGUGGCUGUCCCAGUGAAAGAAGACUACAGCAGCAUCUCACAAGAGGGGAUCACGUCCAAACGACCUCAUCAGGAUGAAGGCAAAGAAAGAUCAGAACAGAAAGCUAAGAAAAGCAAAACAGAAAAGGAGAAGUCCUCACACAACAGCAAAGACAGACAUGACAAGAAAAAGAAGGAGAAAGAGAAGCGAAAGGAGAAGGAAACCAUCAAAGAGAACAAAGAAACCUGGGGGGGCUACAGUGAGCCUCCAGACAUCAAGGAGGAAGAGCUGAGAAGCCUGGCUGAUUAUACUGGGAGCGAGGCUGUUGGAGUGCAGGGCAGCCUCAAACAGGAAAGAGAUAGCGAGGAAAGCAUGGAGACUAAAGGAAGGCUCAAGGAUUGUGAGGUAGCAGAUGAAAACAAAGAAACACUCAUUUUAAACAAGGAAGGAGACCAUGAUCCAGAACACAAGAAGGAAAUUGAGAGUGUGAAAGAAAAGAAAAGUAGUAAAAAGAAAGUGAAGAAAGACAAGGAGCACAGGGACGGUCACAAGGGGGAAAAGGAGGGGAAGAAAAGGGGGGAGGAAGGAAAAGAGAGGAAGGAGAAAAAAAGUAAAGAAGACUCAGACAAAUCCAAAAAAGGGGUGCAGAAGGAGUCUGAGAAAAGGAAAAGUUCAAAGGACGGAAAAGAUAAGGAGUCUGAGAAACAGAAAAUUAAGAAAGAGGGGGAGGAAAAGAAAUCCAAAACAGAAGAGAGAAAGGAAAAGCAGCAGCAGGAGGAGGCCAGUAAGUGGAAAUGGUGGGAGGAAGGGAACUACAACGAUGGCCAGAAGUGGAAGUUUCUUGAACACAAAGGCCCCCUAUUCGCACCUCCUUAUGAGCCACUGCCUGACAAUGUCCACUUCAAUUAUGAUGGGAAGCCUAUGAAACUGAGUCCUGCUGCAGAGGAAGUUGCUACAUUUUUUGCCAAGAUGCUGGAACACGAAUACACCUCAAAGGAAAUAUUUCUGAAUAAUUUCUUCACCGACUGGAAGAAGGAAAUGACAAAGACAGAGCGAAAGCAUAUCAAAGACCUGGAGAAAUGCGAUUUCAAAGAAAUUCACAAAUACUUUGUGGACCGGACUGAAGAGAAGAAAGCCCUGCCAAAAGAAAAGAAGCAGGAGCUGAAGGCGGAGGCGGAUAAGGUUCAGCAGGAGUUUGGGUUCUGCCUCUUGGAUGGGCACCGGGAGAAGAUCGGGAAUUUCAAGGUCGAGCCUCCAGGGCUAUUCCGAGGACGAGGAAUCCACCCGAAGAUGGGCAUGCUGAAGAAGAGGCUCCAGCCGGAGGACGUCAUCAUCAACUGCAGCAAAGAUUCAAAGAUACCUGAACCUCCUGAAGGCCACAGGUGGAAGGAGGUCCGGCACGAUAACACAGUCACGUGGCUGGCGUCGUGGACCGAGAAUGUGCAGGGAUCUAUUAAAUAUGUCAUGCUCAACCCCAGCUCUAAACUCAAGGGGGAGAAGGACUGGCAGAAGUUUGAGAUGGCCCGCAAGUUGAAAGGCCUGGUGGACUCCAUUCGCUUGCAGUACCGCUCUGACUGGAAGGCUCGCGAAAUGAAGCAGAGACAGAGAGGGGUGGCACUGUACUUCAUAGACAAGCUGGCUCUGAGGGUGGGCAAUGAGAAGGACGAGUCGGAGACUGCGGACACCGUGGGCUGCUGCUCGCUGCGCCUGGAGCACAUCAAACUGCACAAGAAGCUGGGUGACGAUGAGUACGUGGUGGAGUUCGAUUUCCUGGGCAAGGACUCCAUUCGCUACUACAACAAAGUGCCAGUGGAGAAACCUGUGUUCAAGAAUUUACAGCUUUUUAUGAAUAACAAGAACCCAGAGGAUGACCUGUUUGAUAGACUAACCACCGACGUUGUGAACAAGUACCUCCGAGAACUGAUGGACGGACUGUCUGCCAAAGUGUUCCGAACAUUCAACGCUUCCAUCACCCUGCAGCAGCAGCUAAUGCAGCUCACCAACCCCGACGACACUGUUGCUGAGAAGAUCCUGUCGUACAAUCGAGCAAACAGGGCUGUGGCUAUUCUCUGCAACCACCAGAGGGCAGCACCCAAAAGCUUUGAGAAGUCCAUGGAGAACCUGCAGGCUAAGAUUGAAGCAAAGCGGCAGCAGCUGGAGCAGGCCAGGAUUGACCUAAAAAAAGCCAAGGUUGACUAUGAAAAGAAGAAGGACGAGAAGUCAAAGAAGUUGAUGGAGAAGAAGGCUGCCCUGGUGAAGAGACUCGAGGAGCAGCUUAAGAAACUGCAGCUGCAGGUGACUGACCGCGAGGAGAACAAACAGAUUGCCUUGGGGACGUCCAAACUGAACUACCUCGACCCCAGGAUCUCCGUGGCCUGGUGUAAAAAGUUUGGUGUCCCGAUCGAGAAGAUCUAUACCAAAACACAUCGAGACAAGUUUGCAUGGGCCAUUCACAUGACGGAUGAAGACUUUGAAUUCUAAAAAUUAGCAUCAUGUGUUGGGGCUUGUAUUAAUAGACUUUUGUAAACGGCAAUCUCAAGGCCCUCCACACUUAUGGACUCUCAUUAAGCACUUAAAGGAAAAUAAAGAAAUUGACUUGGAGGACAGAUUUGAUACAACCGAUAGUCUUGCAGUACUGUUGUCCUGGCCCCUUUAUUUAUAUCCCUGCUUUAUUUAAGCACAGUGUGACACAUUUCUUUCAUGUGGUGUUUAAUGUUUUUGUUGUUGUUUUGUUGAUCCUUCUGUCCAGGUCUGUGUGCUUUACCUGAGUUUGUCCUCUGAUGUUCUCAAAUAAAGCAUUUCUGCAGAGUGUUACUUCAUCUGGCUCUCUGCUUCUACCUAUUUAUUGUAAUUUAUUUUUUCUCCUGGUAUUUGUUUUCUUCUCUGAGAUGUUGGAAGCCACUGCGCUAAGUUUGUUUGCCAUUUUUGUUUUUCCUUACAUGACUGGCCCUUUUAAAAUGUAAGGGUUGUUCUGUAUGUGUUCAAUUAACAUCAGAUUUAUACCGAGGAGAUACUGAAAUAAAGAGCCAGUGUGGCAGAUCGAUA